AUGAGCUACAAUCUCUGGCGCUGCCUGUUCGAAGAUGAUGUCGAUGCGUUUCGACAAUACUUGGCUAACGCCACCGUCUCCUCCGCGGCACCGAGAACCACGAGCACCGGACAAGCUGGCGGAUUUGGGCUGAAGAGCGGCAGUCCAGGCAAUCUGGCAGCCUCCCCCAAGACACCGUUGAGAUAUCGAAAGAGUUCAGGGCACACCCCAGCGAACGCCACCCUGGGUAAAACCGCUGGCGCAGUGCUCACAAGAGCCGAUCUGAACACCAAGGACAGCUUUGGGAGAACCAUCCUGCACCACGCUGCGUCAUCGCGGUCGGAAGAUGCUCUGCAGUUUGUCAAGGUCCUGUUGGAGAUGCCUUUUCUGGAUCUAUCCAUUCAGGACUUGGAGAGCGGAUGGACGCCACUACACCGAGCGCUAUACUUUGGCAAUAUUUCAGCUGCACACGCGCUCAUGGCUCGAGACCUCCAAGAUGCCACUGACUACACGACGACUGCCCAGCACUCUCACGCUGGAGGCUUGGUCAAGAUCAAGGACCAUGAAGGCAAUAGCCCCUUCGAAGUUUUUGGCUUGACUAUUGCACCGCGUUCCCUCCAGCACGAUUCAUCCACGCUUCCACCUGUACGCGAUGAUGACAGCACCAAUGGCGUCGACGAUAAUGGUGACCAGCAGAACGAGGAGCGUUCGAGGCGCCAUGUCCAUCCCUCAGUUGAUCUACUAGGUGACGAAGUCUACGCGUUUGGGAGCAAUAAGAACCUUUCUCUGGGUACGGGUGACGGUGACGACAGGCAUUAUCCUGAGCGUCUUCACUUUGAGAGACCUGAUCAUCUGCUUCGCCGCCUUCUCCAUGACCAUCUAGCUGAAAGACAAAAAGGCUGGGUACACGAAGAUCUCACGCAUAGCACUGGCGCUCUUCAUUCUCAUAAGGCCUUGCCAGCGGUAAUCCGGUAUCGGCCUGUCACCAUCCAGAACGUCGUCAUGUCAAAGCUACAUACGGCCGUUUUGACCAACGAUCCAGUCUCGAACUUGUAUAUUUGCGGGUACGGUCCGGGUGGUCGUCUUGGUACUGGCGAUGAAAAUACCAGUUUCACAUACCGUUGUAUUCAGGCCGGGGGUCUGGCCAAGCGACGCAUCUCGGCAAUUGCACUGGGGCAGGAUCAUUCCAUAGCAGUUUGUUCCCAGGGCGAAGUCUUCACAUGGGGUAGUAACCGCUACGGUCAGUUGGGUUAUACUCUCCCAGAAGCACCCAAGGACGAGGUACCAACUCAGCUGGUUCCGCGUCAGCUCUUCGGCUACAUCAAAAAGGAAGUCAUCUUGGGGGCGGCAGCAUCGGCUUUGCAUUCAGCUAUCUAUACAUCCUCGGCCUUGUACACCUUUGGCAAAAACGAAGGCCAAUUGGGCCUGAUGGACGCCGACGCUCGCUCACUAGAGGUGCAGGUGCUCCCACGCCGUGUUGGAGUAUCUAUUCUGCAGUCGCCCAUCCAGUCAGUAAGCGCAAUUGACCGUGCCACGAUCGUCCUGCUGGAAAACCAUGAUGUGAUCGUCUUCACGCAUUAUGGCUGGACGAAGGUGCUGUUUCCCUUGGAGACCUUUUCCAAUUACUACAUGUCGGACAAUCUAUCGACGAGGUACAAUAUGGAAACAAAUUACAUCAAGCAGAUUACCGGCGGAGGCAACACAAUUUCCACGAUGUCGUCCUUCGGAGAAGUGUACACCAUCGAAGUCCCCAGGGUUUCGGAAACAGUGCCGUCCAAUGCGUCUACAACUAAUCCCACUAAGGCACGCAAUGCUUUGCCUGCCCCUUCGCGCCUUUGGUCUCUCGGCAAAGCUCAUAUGGCGGCGACAGAUGUUGCCGUGGGUCAGGACAGUUCAAUUAUCAUCUGUACCGCCUCGGGCUCUGCCUGGCGAAAAGAAAAGCGUGCAAACAUCAAGUCAGUCCGCGACACGAAGAAAGGUUCGGGAAGGCCGAAGGAUUACAAAUUCGUCCGGAUUCCGAACCUGACGGGGGUGGUCGCUGUUCGAAGCAAUGCUUUUGGUGCCUUCAUGGCGGUGCGCAAAGACGCCACUGUGACCCGCGAGCAGAUCUUGCCCGACGCACCAAGCCUGUGGAAUGAUUUGUUCCAUCUUUUGCCCUUCCAGGGAUACGGGAGUUCGGAGACUACGCCCCCGUCAGGCAAUGACCCAGCCCAAAUAGCUCGUGCUGUGAUCAGUAACGCAUCAGCGGAAUCCGAUUUCCUCGCCAUAGGACACCGGCAUGAACCCCUAUCCCGGAGCCAGUACGACCUCUGGAUUGCUUCGACAGUCACGGACGUCCGCAUUCCGAUCCACUCUUUCGUCCUCAAGGGCAGGAGUAGUGUGAUGCGUGGCGCCUUGACUGAAUUUCAAGAGACAUAUUACUUUGCCAUUCCCGAUGUGCUCUCGAUCGAAUAUGGACAGGACGGCCAGAUACAAGUUACGUUCAAGGGCGCGGACUUCCUGACCCUUGCCACCUUCGUCUUCUACUUAUACACGGACAACUUGAUCGACGUGUGGCACUACACUUCCCAGGCAUUGCACCUCGCACCUCGGUACAGGUCCGUCCGGCUUGAGCUCAUGAAAUUGGCAAGUCACCUCGAAAUGAGAGGCCUUGAACGCGCAGUAAGAGUCAUGGUCGAUCCAGUCCGUGCCCUUGCGAACGAUAUGGAGCUUGCGGUCCUAGAUCCUGACUUCUUCUCUGACGCCGACGUGCUCCUUGAACUCGCUGAUGACGCCGAAAUGCCUGCGCACAGCGUGCUACUAUGCAGUCGCUGUCCGUUCUUCGAUGGUCUCUUCAACGGACGGACCGGCGGAAUGUGGAUGGCAUCGCGGCGCAACGAAGCUGAAGCAGAGUCCGAGGCUGUACGUGUCGACCUCAAGCAUAUUGAUGAGAAGACCUUCGUCAUGGUCUUGCGCCAUUUGUACGCCGAUACAGGAGAAGAGCUCUUUGAUGACAUUGUCACCAGUACUCUCGACGAGUUCCUCGACAUUGUUAUCGAGGUCAUGUCAGUUGCAAACGAGCUUAUGCUGGACCGACUAGCACAGAUAUGCCAGCAGACCCUGGGCCGCUAUGUCAGUGUCCGAAAUAUCUGCUUAUUAGUUAAUACAGCUGCAGAGUCAACAGUCCAGAGCUUCAAGAAAGCAGCGCUCGAAUAUAUCUGCUUAAAUCUCGAGAGCAUGAUGGAGCUCAGGCUCCUCGACGACUUGGACCCAGACCUGCUUCUGGAGCUUGACACUGUUGUGCAAGAUAAUCAGCUGGCUUUUUUGCCGUUCGCUCGCAGUGAGCGCGCUGAAGCUGAUCUUUUGGAAAACCAUCCAGACCUUAUCAGUCAGAUCGAGACGGCUCGACAGAGGAGAGUAGAUUCUAUGCGGUUGCGAUCACGGUUGGUUGAAGACGAGGAACGUUACGCGGCUUCUGUGAAGGUGCGGUAUGGUAGUUUGGAUCGCCACGCAUCUUCGCCGCACAACAAAAGUGCUCUGCGGACUCCGGCGGAUGUAUCACCACUCACCACUCCGAACCAUAGUCCCGCGAUCCUGGCGAACGACACAGCGGAUGAUCUCCCGUUCGACAUGGACGCGGACAUCCCAGAGCUUCUCCCAGCUCCUGCCCGUGAAGACUUGAAUUCACCUGCUGCCAGGGUUGCCUUGUCCCCGGAAAACACAAGGCCGCCACCGCCGAUCCGACAAUCGGAGCUUGGGUUAUCUCCCAUAGGUGCACUGCGUGUAGGAGGGGCUGGCUCGUCGGGGUUGGAGAGUCACAGAGCAGCAGAUCCCAUCAGCGCUGUAACUCCCAUCAGCGCUGUAACUCCCACCAGCGGGUUCAAUAGUCGGGGAGCACCAUGGCAGGUCCCUCUUCAGGGGUCGAGGAAAGACGGGCUCAAGGACAUCAUGGAGCAAGCGUCAGCCGGCCGGGUAUCUCAAUUGACCCAGGCAAUGCGGUCAACCUCAACCACUCCAAAGACUAACGCUAAAGUCUCUCAGAAAGAGCGCAAACGGCAGCAGCACCAAAUCAAGGAGCAGACAGUCAAAGUCUCAGAGACCGUCCGGGCGAGUCCUACAGCAGAUGCGCCUACUUCACCGUGGCAGACUAUCGCAAAGUCACCCAAGACAGAGUCCUCACCGAUCAUGGAUGCGCGAAAAGAAACAGGCAAACAAAGUCAGGCGAAGCAGCCAAUAACCAUGCGGCAGCCGACGGCCGAAGCAUCAUCUGCGGGCCCUGUAGGCAAAGAACCGAGCGGUGGUGGCCAUCCCCCUAGCCUUAGUCCUCCCUCGUCGAAGCCCGCAGCUCCGCAGAUCCAGUCGAUUCGCCAUACGCCGGUGCGCACGAGAGGCCCCCCCGUGGAUGCACGGACAUCAAUGGCUGAGAUCCUUGCUCAGCAGCAAAUCGAAAAGACGGCUGUUAAGGAGGCUGUGGCGAAACGAUCACUCCAGGAAAUCCAACAAGAGCAGGAGUUCCAGGAAUGGUGGGAUAACGAGAGCAAGCGAGUGCAGGAAGAAGAGGCGCAGGCCACCGCAGCUGCUGGUCGUCGUGGUAAAGGAGGUCGCGGACGCGGUGGACAACGUCGUGGUGGCGGACGAGGAAAAGCAACGUUGGCAGUCGAACCCAACGGACACCAGAGAAAGUCGUGGUCAGCAGAGGGUCCCCUCAUAGCACAGGGAUUCGCAUCUGGCGGGGAGAUCGAGCCUGGGCUCGCUGGGAUGUCGCGAGGCAGUGCUAGCCGUGGCCGAGGGCGGGGUCAAGGAAAUACACAGCAUUCGCAUCGAGGGGGCAAGGCAUCGACCAUCACAGAGUAA